GGGAGUGACGUUUAUAAAGUUUUCGGCAAAAAUGAGGAAGCGUUUAUAAAAUCGGAAGGUUACUCUGUAACGCUGCUGGGCUUUUCUGUCUUCUUUGUUCUGAAUUUCCUCAGAUCCAGCUAAUUAGACAAUGCCUGCUUUGCGAUCCCUGCGUAAGCACAUUGAGCCGAUUAUUUUUUGUGGUCAGGUAGCCAGUUCUUUCUUUGACACCGGUCUGCAAAUGGUAGUGAAACAACGAAGCGAAAAUUCUACAAAUUAUACGGACCAAGACGAACAGAACAACAUCACUAACUUCUACAUGACUUUUAACAUGUUGAUAAAAUUUGUACCAAUUGUACCUGCACUGAUUUUGGCUCGGUACGGAGAUAAGGGUUACAGAAAAAUACCAAUAGUUGUGCCUCUAUUCGGUUACUUUUUGUCUCGAGCAUUACUUUUGUUUGUGAUACUACUCGAGUGGCGGAUAGAAGUGAUGUAUGCGGCACCAGUGAUCCAUGGAUUAUGCGGAGGCUUCUCGUCUUACUGGGCAGGUGUGAUGGCUCUCGUGUCUGUUAGUACGAAUGAGGAGGCUCGGUCUCUGCGUAUUAUGCGCAUGGAACUGGUAUAUGGAUUCGCAGGAUUCCUCGGCAGUUUGGCGUCGGGUCACCUGUUCCAACUUUACACAGUUGGGCUUAAACAAGGAGUAUUGUUAGCUGGAAUGAGUGUAGCGCUUUACUUCUUCUGCCUCUUGUACUCAACAUUUGUUCUACAGAUAACCUACUUGACAGCGUCCGCAGAUCGGCCAGAGCAUCGAGAAUACGCUGGCAUAAUACAUCGUGAUGCCCGUGAUAUGACUAACAUUGUGCUUCUGUUCGCGAGUGGGAUAUUGUAUGACGUUGCCGUUGGCGGUGGAAUAGAAAUUCUCUCUAUUUAUGUGCUAAAAGAACCUUUACACUGGAGUGCGACAGAAGUGGGCUACGGGAACGCCGCCGGCUCGCUUAUUUUUAUCACGAGCUUCCUUGGCGUGAAGUUAUUCACAAAGCUUGCGCUAAGUGACGCCAGCAUGAUAAUGAUAGGAAUGGCCUCAUUCAUGUCGGGAAUCUACUUCAUGACGUUUGUAACAACCACUGCCAUGUACUUUUUAGCUCGUUCCCUCACUUUGUUUGCCCUGAUCCCCAUGCCUACGAUUCGCUCUCUGCUGUCCAAGCAGGUUCGAGGAACAUCAUAUGGAAUGACUUUUAUCCUUCUCCAGUUGUCCUUCAGACUGGCUAGUUUAGCUUCCACACCUAUGUAUACCAAGAUCUACCAGGCCACACUGGACAGCUUUCCUGGCUUUGUGUUUACCUUGUCUAGUAUUAUCACCUUCCUGUCUCUGAUACCCAUCAGCAUUGUUGGAAGUCGUACUGCGAGGCAAGAUAACUAUGAAAGAAUUGAAGGAAAUUGAUACUUCAAACUACCACAAUGAAAAACAGAAGAAAACAAAGCUCUGUCCUGUCAUUAAGCUUUGAAAUGUGAAAACAAAAAUAUCUGCUUCUUGGAAUGUUCUGAACAGGUGCAGCCUACCAUGUUUCACACACAAUUUCAGUUUACUGGCAAUUUUGCUGCAUUAGUUCUCAUUUAUUUUUGUUUUUUUAUUAUUGUUAUUUGUGACUCUUUUUUUCCUUGAGUCAAACUUUGUUUUAUCUGUCUGGUUGUAUACCUGGUGUAAUUCUUAUUUAUAUCCACUGUGUAUGGAAAUAUACAAAGAGGCAAUUCUGUUGAGUAUUGUGGUAUUCAGAUUGUGCCUUCCAAUACAGAGACCUUUUUCUCUUGUGCUUAUUUUAUCUUGUAUAUGGGGGUAUAUCUGUAUAUACAUUAAAACCAUUGACAAGUGAAGCGAAUGCAACUGAUGAUCUUGUUACAGUUUACAGCACCUGUAAAGGAGGAUAGAGUAUAUUAAGCAUCAAGUAAACAGUCAGUUGAUGAUUUGGCAGCAGGUUAAAAGGAGGUUCUGAACAACUUUGACCAAACUAUGUCCUAGGAGACAAAACAGCAGGUCUCAUGGGGUGUUCCCAGUACACUAUUAGUUACUACUUAUCAAAAGCAAUCCAAGGAAGGACGACCAGUGAACCAGCGACAAAGUCAUGGGCGCUCAAGUCUCACUGAUGUGUGUGGGGGAGUGAAGGCUAGCAUGCCUGCUCCAGUCUCACAUAAGAGUUACAGUAGCAGGACUUGCUGAAAAGUUCACAUUGGCUAUGAUAGAAAGGUGUUAGUACACACAGUACAUCUCAACUCGCUGUGCAUGGGACUGUGUAGCUGCAGACUGGUCAGAAUACCCAUGCUUACCCGUCCACUGCUGAAAGCACCUAUAAUGGGGACAUGAAUAUCAGUACUCACCCACAGAGCAAAGGAAGAAGAUAGCCUGGUCUGAUGAAUCACAUUUUCUUUUACAUCAUGUGAACUGCUGGAUGCAUGUGCAUUGCUUCCCUAGGGAAGAGAUGCAGUAUGGGAAGAUAGGAGGAAGGCAACAUCUUAGUACAAGAUACUACAGGACACCUGCAGAGGUCGUGUGAAGUCCAUGCCUCAAUGGAUUAGGGCUGUUUAGGUGGCACUCUGGGACAUACACAAUAGUGGUUUUAGUGUUAUAGCUGAUCAGUGUAUAUAUGUAGAACACAAGGAAUUUGAAAUUAAGUCUUUAUGUAUAUGUAUUUACAUUGCACAAUUUAUACUGAAAAUGUACUAGAUGCGAAUCAAAAGUUAGAUUGCACUGAAAUGUACCUGUUUUGUAUGAAUUUUUAAAAAUGAAGUAUGAAAUCAUACUACCAGAACAGGCAUCAAUCCUUUUUAAUUGGUUCAAUAUUUAAAUCUAUUAAAGAUUUAAGCAUGAAAACAUCAUCAUACAAGCUAUUUUUUUUUAACAUCAAGAUUUACAUCAAUAUUAAAGUAAACAACACACAAAGGGAAAUUAAGGGGUCUUAGGAAGAAAAACUUUUUGUGGGGUCUAUAAUUUGGAUUCAUAAUACAAAAGAUGUAGUCCCACAGUCAACCUUUCCCGUAUGACCCGUUGGUUUGGAGGUCUCUGCUCAGUCACACACAAAAAAGAAGUUUGUACAAUGCAGUUUAAUUUCCCCCUUUGUGAAGUUUCAUUCAUCCCAAAAUGCUACAUGUGGACCUUAACAUACCCAGUCUGUAAGUGAACGAUGCUUUCCAUAGCAAUCAUGGUAAGAGUGGAGCUUCUAAAACAAUAAAAUAAAAAGAACAGCACUUGGUUUUUUAACACAUGGUUGCUUAUGAAAAAUUAAUGACAAAUGGUCAUUAUUCCAGUUUCUUUGUUCAGUUUCUGCAAGUCCAUUUGUAAGUUUAUGCCAUUGCCACCUUCCAUAUUGGUAAAUGCAGUCUUGAUACAUGCACUAUAUUUUAGGCUACACUGUAUGCAUUCCUGCAGCCCCCCCCCCCCCCACACACACACACACAAUCUUAAAAAUCCUUAUUUCACAAAAAUGGCAAUGUUGUAUAGUGUAGCUGCCUUAAUUAUAUUAAUAAAUGCACUACUUGACAUUUACAGAGACAGAAUAAGAUGAAAGGUUUUGACACAAGUGAACAUAGAGUGUCUAUCAAAUAUCACUGUUCUGUUUUGCACUGAACAAAUUAGUUAUGCAUUAAAGGUGUCAUACUAUAUUCUGAAAGGUUUGAAUCUCCUAAACACAAAAAGUGAUAUUGGUUAAGAGCUGUAAACACGUACAGAAACAAUAAACACAGGUGAAGAAUAACUAAAUGGAACUAAAAGAAACAAGACCAAAUUAUCCAGCAGAUGGCAUGAGAGCUCUACAUACCUCUUGGAUAGAUCAUAUAAGCAUAGCUUGCCUUUUAAUGCUAAAGCAGAACCAAAUAGCUCAGCCUAAAUCCUACCGUUUAUAUACAGCAAAAUGGCAACAACUGGCUGUAACAAUAUUAACGUAAAGGUCAAAGCUCUAAGGAACCUCUAACCCAUCCAUAUUUUAUUUCUCUGCCAGCAGCUAACUUGCUACAGACUAAAGCAUUCUGGAGCCAUUUUAAUGCCAUUUACAAUGGGUGUAAGGUCUCUUAACUUGUUCUUAUUAUAUAAUGAAGGCAAAGACAACUGAAGAAAACACUGAUGUGACGACAGUCUCAUUAUUUGAUCUCCACUGCACUUUGCAGUUGAGUUCUGACAACCAAGUUGAUGAGAGGCUUUUUCAAGGAACAUGCACAGAAAAUACAGCACCCAUUAUAGUGGUCUACUUAAGAACAUGCAACUGGACAGUGAAGCCUUUUUAGCUUGGCAUAAGAGCAGGCCAGAACAUAGCCACAACCAGCUCCCAGUCAUGAGAUUCUAGGAACCAGUGGGAUCUGAAGGGCGACACAGCAGCGUACUGUGAGCAAAGUUCUGAUAAAUACAAGUAGCUAACUGGAAACUCAUAUAUAGUGUGGAACAGAAUGGAUGGAGGGGGGUCCUUGAGACAGUUAGGCUUGUAUAGAUUCGCUGUGUCAAAACAGAUCAACAGUCAACAGAUCAACAAAACCAGAGUAACUCAAAAUCAGUCCAUUGAGAGUCACAUUGUAGAGCUGACUUUAUUACCAAACUCAAAUGAAUUUCCUCCCACCAUGGACAAAUUAACAUCUUUAAAACAACAAGCUAAACCAAAUGUAUAAAAUCAGGUUGUACUUUGCCAGGUAGAAGUAAAUACCCAUACACCAUGACCCAUUAUGAAGGGCCAUGUUGAGUGACUCUGCUCUGACUCUAGAUGCAGUUUCCCUUUUUAAAGUUCUGCAGUUCUUUCAUUCAUAAUGGUUGCUUUUUGAUAAGGCAGCAGUCUGUUUAGGCUUUCAAACAUAAUUCAGAAUUCACUUGUGAUUCUUUGUGGAGGGUGUAUAAUUUGUGUACUCAAGAAGCAACAGUGAACAUUUCCACAAAUUAGUAUCAAGUGGAUCUCUGCAAGUUCCCCAUGAAGAUAGACAUCAGGGUUAAAUGGAGUGCGUACAUUUCCUCCUGAUUGCAUUCACCAUAACUCACACUUGCCUCCUCUCAGAGCUCAGAGAACAACUCUUUGGAACAUCCACUGAGAAAACAUUGGAAACAUUCUGAUCUGUCAGAAAACCCAGUUUCUAAAUCCGGAUUAGGCCAAAGCCUUUAAGCAUCAUUAGUAUUAAUACUGUCUAAAUGCUUAGUAUAAAAUAAUGUAAACUACAGAACUACAGCUGAUCCCACCAAGUGCUGAGUCAUUAUACUUAUCAGAUGGGAUUGUAAAUGCACUCACUUGUUUAAAUCCAUUUAACUUUCAUAGCAGCCACUUUUCAACCUUUAAUUAAAAACAUCACCACCUGGGUGUAGUCAUAUUUUUGAACAUGCAAACCUCAACCCAGGACACUGGAUUAGACUCCCCCCACCCACCCCCAUGGUGGUAAACAACUACAGACCUCAUCGGAACAACUCAAAAUAAUUGAGUAAUUAUAUUUCAACAUAAAUAUUUAAUGAGGUCAUGUAGAGCUUGGAAGAAAUCCUUCAUUCAGAUUUAACAACCAGUACAUAAAUUAUGAACUUAAAUGUGGUGGCUACUUCUGAUGCUAUUUCCUAGUACCAGAUCCAUAGUGUUCUCAAAACUAACACAAACAUACAAACAAAGAAAGAACUUCAACUUCCUCUAUGUCUUUGGUCAGAGGCGUGUGGACGGUCCUUGAACCAUCUUUCCGUGGUCUGAAGGCAAAUUAAAAAAAUUAAAUUAAAUUAAAAAACAAACAAACAAACAAACA